AUUCAAUCAUAACCUUUCCACCACCACCUCGUCCCUCCUCCUCAACCCUUCCCACAGAGUCACCUCUCCAGCACCACUCACACAGACUGUUGCCCCCACCCACACCACCCCUUUGUUUCUGUAUCCAACUAUACGAAACAAAACAGCAAAGCCAAGGGGGAAGAGGAAAGGGGAGCUUUUCAUCUCACGUCCUUCACCUAUAAAUUCACGCUGCUUUCUUCUUCCUCCUCUUCUUCUUCCUCCUCCUCCUUGGCAUAUGCGGACAGACCCUUCGCAACCCGAAAAUGUCGGCCCAGAUCGUUCCUGAGCACGUUUGCUACAUCCACUGCAACUUCUGCAACACCAUCCUCGCGGUUAGCGUUCCCGGAAACAGCAUGUUCAACGUCGUGACAGUCCGGUGCGGGCAUUGCGCCAAUCUGCUGUCGGUCAACAUGGGAGCCUUGCUUCAAGCUUUCCCUAUUCAAGAUUUCCAGGCGCAUAAUUUUGGAUCUCAAAGCAACAGGCUAGAGAUUGGAUCAUCUUCCAGAUGUAACAGGUCUUCAUUGUACUCCAUGAAGGAUGAACAGCAGCAAAUUGUAGCCUUACGUCCCCCAGAGAAGAGGCAACGCGUUCCUUCCGCCUACAACAGGUUUAUCAGGGAGGAGAUACAAAGGAUAAAAGCUAACAAUCCUGAUAUUAGCCACAAGGAAGCCUUCAGCGCUGCAGCGAAGAAUUGGGCACACUUUCCUCACAUUCAUUUUGGGCUAACCCUUGAUGGUGGUAAGCAAGUAAAGCUGGACGAUGCCAUAGCAGCAGCACCAGGAGGAGAAAAGGCUCCAGGUUUCUAUUAACCAUAUGUAUAAGCUCAUCA